CAUAACCUAUAUAUUAUCCUCACAAACCCCUAAGAUCGGCUCUCUCCUCCAGCCGCUGUUCGAUCUAUUUUCUCUGAGCCGUUCUUUUGUUCUGGUGCCAAAGCUUAGGGUUCUAAUCUCGUUUUAUCACGCUACUUCAGAAACCGAGCAAGAGAAUAUCGCAUCUGUCAAAAUGGAUACGACAAUCACAACUUUGGAACCUGAUAGUGGCCGUCUCUGUAUUCCUGAGAAGGUUCGAGUUGUUUCUACACAAUCUGAGCGCAAAUCACUCCCUGGGCUGGAUGUGCUGGAUGAUUAUAGGAGAAAAAGUAGAGACAACGCUCAUGUUGAGGAUUAUCGGCGCAGGGAAUCAUCACGUUCUGGGAAUCAGUACAAUAAUGACAGCAGGAGAAAAAGAACUAGACAUGGUGUUAAAGGGCAAACAGAAUUUGAUGAUGAGGAUGAAGGGAAGGUUAUCCUGCUAGUCCAUGAUACAAAACCCCCUUUUCUGGAUGGAAGAAUUGUCGUCACAAAACAAGCUGAACCAGUAAUGCCAAUCAAGGACCCUACAUCAGAUAUGGCCAUAAUAUCUAGGAAAGGCUCAGCUCUUGUCCGCGAAAUACAUGAAAAACAAAGUAUGCAUAAAUCUCGUCAACGGUUUUGGGAACUUGCUGGAUCAAAACAAGGUGAGGUUGAUUUCAAGGAAGAAGCUAGGUUUUCACAGCACCUAAAGAAAGGGGAAGCAGUAAGUGACUUUGCAAAGUCCAAAACACUCUUGCAGCAGAGGCAGUAUUUGCCCAUAUUUUCUGUUCGCGACGAGUUUAUGCAGGUUGUUCGUGAAAAUCAGAUUGUGGUAGUUGUCGGAGAAACUGGUUCAGGGAAGACUACACAAUUGACCCAGUACCUACAUGAAGAGGGCUACACAAAGAAUGGGAUAGUUGGUUGCACCCAACCUAGGCGUGUAGCAGCUAUGAGUGUCGCAAAGAGAGUUAGUGAAGAGAUGGAAACUGCGCUUGGAGAUAAAGUAGGAUAUGCCGUUCGUUUUGAAGAUGUGACUGGACCAAACACUGUUAUCAAGUACAUGACAGAUGGUGUGCUUCUACGCGAGACGGUAAAGGAUUCUGAUCUUGAAAAAUACAGUGUCGUUGUGAUGGACGAAGCACAUGAGAGAUCAUUAAACACUGAUGUGCUGUUUGGCAUACUUAAAAAAGUUGUUUCUCGGCGUCGUGAUUUUAAGCUUAUUGUAACGGCUGCCACGCUGAAUUCACGAAAAUUUUCGGACUUUUUUGGAAGUGUACCAAUCUUCAACAUUCCGGGUAGAACAUUCCCCGUUGAACAUAUGUACAGCAAAACUCCUUGUGAAGAUUAUGUAGAGGCUGCAGUAAAGCAGGCUAUGACCAUCCACAUAAGUAGUGCUCCCGGUGAUAUACUCAUAUUCAUGACUGGUCAAGAUGAGAUUGAAGCUACAUGUUACGCACUCCAAGAGCGAAUGGAACAGUUAGUGGCCUCAACUAAACAAGCUGUAGCGAAUCUACUCAUCCUUCCCAUCUACUCCCAACUACCUUCUGAUUUGCAGGCUAAGAUAUUUCAGAAGGCCGGGGAAGGAGAACGCAAAUGCAUUGUUGCCACAAACAUUGCAGAGACAUCCUUAACCGUUGAUGGAAUUUUCUAUGUGAUUGAUACCGGCUACUGCAAGAUGAAGGUGUACAAUCCGCGCAUGGGUAUGGAUGCCCUUCAAGUGUUUCCGGUCAGUCAAGCAGCGGCAAACCAGCGAGCAUUGCGGGCUGGUAGAACAGGGCCUGGAACUUGCUACCGACUCUAUACUGAGAGUGCAUACUUGAACGAGAUGCUUCCAAGCCCUGUACCAGAGAUCCAAAGGACAAACCUUGGAAAUGUCGUAUUACUGCUAAAGUCUCUCAAGAUCUCAAAUUUGUUAGAUUUUGAUUUUAUGGAUCCACCACCUCAGGAAAACAUCCUCAACUCCAUGUACCAGCUGUGGGUAUUGGGCGCCCUUAGUAACGUCGGUGACCUAACUGGUCUUGGAUGGAAAAUGGUGGAGUUCCCGUUGGAUCCGCCUCUUGCUAAGAUGCUUCUGAUGGGAGAACAACUGGAGUGCUUGAACGAAGUUCUCACCAUUGUAGCGAUGCUUUCAGUACCUUCAGUUUUUUUCAGACCCAAGGAUCGGGCAGAAGAGAGUGAUGCUGCCCGGGAGAAGUUCUUUGUGCCAGAAUCCGAUCAUCUCACACUGCUAAAUGUGUACCAGCAAUGGACGGCGAAUCAGUACAGGGGCGACUGGUGUAACGAUCAUUUCUUACAUGUCAAAGGUCUGCGUAAGGCAAGGGAGGUGAGAUCUCAACUGCUGGAUAUUCUCACAACGCUCAAAAUCUCCCUCUCCUCGUGUGGCCCGGACUGGGAUAUUGUGAGAAAGGCAAUCUGCUCUGCAUAUUUUCACAAUGCAGCUAGACUUAAGGGUGUGGGUGAAUAUGUAAAUUGUAGGAAUGGAAUGCCAUGUCACCUGCAUCCCACCGAUGCACUCUAUGGGUUGGGUUACACGCCAGAUUAUGUCGUGUUUCAUGAGUUGAUAUUGACGACAAAGGAGUAUAUGCAGUGUGUUACGGCAGUUGAACCGCAGUGGUUAGCUGAGAUGGCCCCCAUGUUUUUCUCUGUUAAGGACUCGGAUACUUCCAUGUUGGAACACAAAAAGAAACAAAAGGAUGAGAAAACAGCCAUGAAGGAAGAACUAGAAAAUCUGAGGAAUGUCUAAGUGGAGAAUGAGAGAAGAAAGAAAGAAAAGGAGAGUGAGAAGAGGGCGACGCAACAACAACAAAUUUCAAUGCCUGGCUUGAAGAAAGGCGCUUCCACUUACCACAGAUCAAAUAAACUAGGUCUUUAAAUGCUGUACCUUUUUAUGUAGUUUAUUAUGCAGUUCCAUUUUCCGAUGAGUGGUUGGCUGCUAUUGAAGCAGCUGGAGAGUAGCGCACUAAAAUAUGCUUAGUCAUGUAUUUUCGAGACAAAUGAUACAUUGAUAUCCUUCCCAAGGACAUCCAACCUUCAAGGGAUAUAGCUCAGACGCCUUUGAUUUGUCCUUCCUUGCAAAUGAAGUUAAAUCACAGUUCCUCACGAGUUCAACGCUUCUUCCAGAAAUGGGGUUGAGGGAUCGUUUAGCAAUGGAUGAUGCUAUUGACAUGAAUUGGACUGCUUUAGUUUCAACCUGAAAUGCCUAAUGAGCCCAAGACAUUCCAAAAACAGGAGUAAAGAACUGUAAUUACAAGGAAAAAGGAAUUUCUGUGACUUUGAUGUUUGAUAUUCAUGUUACUUCUUCAGAGAUUGUACGAUUGAGGUGUAUAUUCAUUCACUAAUCAAACAAGACAAUCACCCAAAAAAAUUAAAAAAGGAUUUAUCAAGUGGUUCUCUAUAGUAUAGUGUGUUGUAUAUCUUUUUUUGGAAUAUAUUUUUAAUGCAAACAGUAAAAGUACUUGUGCAAGUGUGAGGAGCAGCAGAAGAAAACCGCGAUGUCGGAAUGGGUAGAGGAUAGAGACCCCGAUGCCCGGAGGAAUUUACUGCCAUACCGGGCAUUGAGCAGGAUGAGCAAAUCAGAAAAGUUGAAAGAGAUGGCAAGUCCAGAUUUGUUCGUGGGGCAAAAGAAUGCCGGAGAAAAUGGGCUGUAAUAUGCAAUACAUCCUAGAGAAAGUAUUAGAGAAAGUAGGAGGAAUUGAAGUACGGUAAGAUGGCCAGUCGUUCUAGAUACGUUUGUUUCACUUCGAACAGUUGAAUCUGCUAAAUAUCUACACUAAUCACUUUGCAACUUGAUCUUUCGGUGAUGUCUUAUGUAUUAUACUUGACACGAAUCUAUUAUUGUACAUCCCUCAAACAAAAAGUACUGAAACAAUCUAUUUCUUCUCAAUAGAUACGAGGUCCC